ACGAGCAGAUCUGCUGGGGCUUUUCCUCAUUUGAGUAGAAAACGGGGGGGGCAGAGGAGGAGCAGGGAAACAUUUGCAUUUGUUUGCCCUCCUCUGAUGCGGCUGCAUUUGUUAGAGUCAGGCAGAGGCUGUGUUGAGAUGAUUGUGGGGGAAAUCAAGAGGAUUUUGUCGGAUCUGGACGCGAGUUUGAUUCCGGGGAAAGAAACCCCCACUCUUACCAUCUGUGCUUCCCGCUGAGCCAUUGUUACCAUGGAAACCCCGAGCCAAAAGCGGACCAUGCGCGUCCAGUCUCCGGCCCGAAUCACCCGGCUGCAGGAGAAGGAGGACCUGUGCAACCUCAACGACCGCCUGGCCGUCUACAUCGAUAAGGUGCGCUCCCUGGAGGCGGAGAACGCCGGGCUGCGGCUGCGCAUUUCCGAGUCGGAGUCGCUGGUGACCCGGGACCUGUCGGGCAUAAAGGCCGCCUACGAAAACGAGCUGGCCGACGCCCGCCACGCCUUGGACCAGGUGGCCAAGGAGAAAGCCCGUCUGCAGCUGGACCUGGGGAAGAUCAGGGAGGAGCACAAGGAGCUGAAAGCCAGAAACACCAAGAAGGAGUUGGACUUGGAGGCGGCUUUGGCCAGGCUCAGGGACCUGGAGGCCCUGCUGAACUCCAAAGACGCUGCUCUGGCCACCGCCCUGGGGGAGAAACGAAAUCUGGAGGCGGAAGUGAAGGACCUGAAGGCCCAGCUGGCUAAGCUGGAUAUGAACUUAGCCGAUGCCAGGAAGCAGCUGCAGGAUGAGAUGCUGAAGAGAGUGGACGCAGAGAACCGCCUGCAGACCGUGAAGGAGGAGCUGGAGUUCCAGAAGAACAUCUACAAUGAGGAGACACGCGAGUCCAAGCGGCGCUCCGAGUCGCGGAUGGUGGAGAUCGACUGCAGCAGACAGCAGGAGUUUGAGAACAAGCUGGCGGCAGCUCUGGUCGAGCUGCGAGCUCAGCACGAAGAGCAGGUCAGCAUUUACAAGGAGGAACUGGAGAAGACCUACAACUCCAGGCUGGAGAACGCACGCCAUUCGGCCGAGAGAACCACCCACCUGGUGGGAGCCGCCCACGAGGAGCUGCAGCAGACCCGGUCUCGUCUGGAGGGCUUGACGCUUCAGAUGACCCAGCUGCAGAAGCAGCUCUCAGCCAGCGAGGCCAAAGUGCGCGAGCUGGAGGAGGCUCUGAGCCGGGAGCGGGACCUGAUGAGGCGGCGCCUGGAGGACAAGGACCGGGAGAUGGCGGAGAACCGGGCCCGGAUGCAGCAGCAGCUGGAGGACUACCAGGAGCUGCUGGACAUCAAACUGGCUUUGGACAUGGAGAUCAGCCAUUACAGGACGCUGCUGGAGGGAGAGGAGGAGAGGCUGCGUCUGUCACCCAGCCCCCCUUCCGCCAAGGUCAUUGUGACCCGCUCUACCGGCUCGUCCCAUGCCAGCCGCCUGCUGCACUCCUCAGCUGUGGCAUCCAGCAGCCGCACCUCCUCCGGCGCCAGCAGCACCAAAAAGCGGCGCCUCAACGACAGCGUGGCCGCGAGCAUGGUGGGGGGGACCGUGGUGAAGUCCCACAUCAGCCAGCAGGCGUCGGCCAGCGGACGCAUUGUGGUGAACGAGGUGGACCUGGAGGGGAAGUUCAUCCGUCUGAGCAACAAGUCUGACGAGGAUCAGUCUCUGGGAAGCUGGCAGGUGAAGGCGCAGGUGGGGGACGGCAACCCCGUCACUUACAAGUUCCCCAGCAAGUUCAGCCUGAAGGCCGGAGCCACCGUGACCAUUUGGGCCGCGUCGGGCGGAGGAACCCACAACCCCCCCACUGACCUGGUAUGGAAGAACCAGAACUCGUGGGGGACUGGCGACUCCUUGGAGAUCAUCCUCGUCAGCUCCAGCGGGGAGGAAAUGGCGGCGAGAAAAGUGACGCGCACCCUUUUCCAAGAAGAUGAGGAAGAUGACGAAACGGGAGCUCACAGCACGAGCGGCGAGUACAACCUUCGCAGUCGCACGGUGGUCUGCGACUCGUGUGGACAGUCGUCGGAGCGCGGCGGUGGCGGUCUGCCAGAAGGCCUUGUGGGACAUUCCCUCUUCAUGGGAACCAAUGAGCCCAGACAGGGCCGGGUCAAGCCGGAGAACUGCUCCAUCAUGUAGGAACCGAGGCGGACCUCGCCAGGAAGCAUUGCCAAAAGUUUUCCACCUUCAGGAUGUUUGUCUUGAUGUUUUUUUUUUCUUUGACUUUUGUUAUUGUUUGUUUUUGUACUCGGAUUUCUCUUUACCGUUUUGACCGCGGAACCGUUCUGCUGUCUCUGUUCAAGGCUCGAUCCGACGCAGGUUUUUUUUUUUAGUGAUGAACAAGCUGUCGACACUCAACACGCACAGCAGGAGGCCCCCUCAGCCUGAUCCAGUUUUGGUUUUGACUUGUUUUCGUGCUGCGUUUAUGUAAAAUGGGAAAAUAUAUUUAUGCUAAAACUUCCAAAGGAGGCUGGGGUCGCUCAGGUAAACAUUUUUUUACAGAAAGUUUGUUUGAUAAAAAUGGCCGAACAUGUUCUCCCGAAAACGUCUGAUCGGGACGGUAGAAACGUGAAGCCGGCGCCCUGAAAGCAGCGUCUGCUUCCAGCUCUAAAGGUGCCUUUUGAGGACGGACGAGGCGUCGCGUGACCGCCGUUUCCGCCCUCCUCCGUUUGCUUUCUUCCUGUCAGGUUUAGCAGCGUUAAGACCCGCCCAGCAGGAGUUUAUCGGACUUAAAGUUGUACUGUAGUGUGGCAGCUGAAAUAUUCUCCAGUGGAAACUUUAUCAGAACGUGUACAGCAAAUACGUGAUGCUGUUUUCCUUCUGUCUUUCUUUCUGCUCAGUCCUGCUCUUUCUGUUCACUCGAAGUGCCUUUGGACUUCUAGAAAUUGUUGUUAAAUGUCUAUAAUCAUGUUUUCUGUGCACAACUUGUCAUGCAAUCUUUUUCUUUUUUUAAAGAUCUUAUAUGUUCCUUGAAGAUUUUCUCCUUUUCCUUGGGCAGGAUUUGCUGGAUCAUGUUAAAUCCUUGUAUUGAUGUCAUUUUUUUUCUUAAAGAUCAAGUAAAAGCUCUAUUUUCCACUAAA